UUUGAUUUCACACUACAACGCCCCAUAACCAGAUCCAUAACAGGGGACCAUAACAACUUGGUAUCAGAGACGAAUGUUAUGGGAGAUCAAAUUCAACAUCAACUGGCACAAUUGGUGAACUUAUUUCAAGAAGAACGUGCAGCCAAUAUAGCGAGACAGGAAGCAAUGAAUGCUCGUUUAGAUGCACUCACAAAGGAUCUAGCGAAUUUGAAGGUUGAUUCUGAAUCAACUGAUCAUACCAGUCAGAAUUGGGGCUGGAAGGGUAAAAGUGGAGUGGCAGAAGGGUCAAAAUCAGAUGCAGGAGGAAGUUCCUUCAUUCCUAGGUAUACAAAGUUGGAUUUUCCACGGUUUACUGGCCAAGGGGACCCUUUGGGAUGGUUGAACAGAUGUGAUCACUUUUUUCGACAUCAACAGACUCCAGAUGAAGAAAAAGUUAGUCUUGCUUCUUUUCAUUUAAUUUAG